CAAAAAGCGAGUGUGCUUAGUACUGACAAGAUGGUGCUUGUGAACGCGGGUCAGACAGCACUGGGCCUGGUAGUGAGUUUCAUCAUACACACCGUCACUGCUGGGAGCUGCCCAGAAAUACAUACCGUGAGCCUGAAUGACAAAGACAAGCUAAGCAUUCUUCAAGGAUGUCCUGGAUAUCCAGGAGCACAAGGACUUAAGGGGGAUGCCGGAACUCCAGGAAUGAAAGGGAGCAAAGGAGAACCAGGAGCGAUUGGAAAAAGUGGUGCAGUGGGACAAAAAGGAGAAAAGGGAAAUUCGGGUGACCUGGCACAAACAGGUGCCCAGAACUGUAAGCAGCUUCUAGACGCAGGAAACACGCUGAGCGGCUGGUACAUGGUGUAUUCGGUGACAGGGAAGCCUGUUAGUGUCUUCUGUGACAUGGACACCGAUGGGGGUGGCUGGCUGGUGUUCCAGAGACGCAUGGAUGGCUCAGUUGAUUUUUUCCGAGAGUGGACUGCGUAUAAAAAAGGCUUUGGAAAUAAACAGUCAGAAUUUUGGCUUGGGAAUGAUUACAUUCAUAGUCUGACAUCAGCAGGAUCUCACGAACUGCGCAUUGAUCUCAUCGACUUUGAAAAUGCCAGCACGUUUGCCAAGUACGCUUCUUUUAACGUUAUGGGGGAAACGGAAAAGUACAAACUUAUUCUUGGGGAUUUUACAAGUGGAACAGCAGGGGAUUCUCUGAGUUCCCAGAAGAACAUGAUGUUUUCCACUAAAGACCAGGAUAAUGAUAGUUCGGCCAGUUUCUGUGCCAGUGCCUACAAAGGAGGGUGGUGGUAUUCAGACUGCCAUUUUUCUAAUCUGAAUGGACUUUAUCUACGCGGCAGCCAUGAGAGUUAUGCCAAUGGAAUCAACUGGAGGACAGGAAAGGGAUAUAAUUACUCUUACAAGUACUGCGAUAUGAAAUUCAGGCCUGUAUAAAUUAAAUCAGCAGUUACCAUGUUCAGUCCUGGGGAUUACCCCCCCCCCCUCCCCUGCCGUGCCCUCAACUGUUUAAUUCUUGACAAUUUCAUCCUUACUUUUAAUUGCUUAUUAAUUCUGCAUUUUGUUUUCUCACCUGGCGAUAUUUUAAUGAUAUUCAUACAAAUGCAUAUUCUUUGCUUUAACUACUUACA